AUGAACACUUUUACUGUUCCGCCCGGCUACAAGUUCCGACCCACAAGUCAAAUAAUUCUUAUCACACAUCUUAAACCUAUAGUUUUUGGUGAUUUAGAAAAUCUACUUACAAGCAAUAAUGAUAUACGUGAAGCUGAUAUCUAUAGUUGUCAUCCAUCUGAGUUAUUUCAAGACUUGCAACACAACGAUGACGAAUAUAAAAUCGAACGUUAUUUUUACACUACAUUGAAGAAAGUUGGUGACAAAGAUAGUAAGAAUGGAAGAAACUACGUAAGAAAUAUUGAAAAAAUUGGAAAGUGGCAUGGUGAGUAUACCAAGACAAUUCUUGAUGAUCAUGGUGAAGUUAUAGGGUAUGAUAAAUAUUUCAAGUUUGUAUCAGAUUCAAAAGAUGAUAAUAAGACGGAGGAAUGGAAUAUGCAUGAGUAUUCUUUAAAACAAGAGCUUAUACCGGAGUAUAUUGAUGAAAAGAAGAAGAAUUUAGUGGUAUGUAAGAUUGUCAAGAUAGUGAAGGCUAAUCGCAUAGUCAAAAACAAAAAUAGAGUGUUGAUUCGUUUGAGAUGUGCACAAGCACAACCUUGUUCUUGUCAUGGUAGUAAUAAUAAUAAUGACGUGAUUAUGAUAGCGAAUUAUGCGGAACAACAACAACAACAACAACAACAACCAAGUGAUCAGAUUAUUGUUAAUCAUCACUCGGAAGAUAGUACUAUUGUUGGUAGCAAUGUCGUCAAUGGUAGUGACAUGAAUAUGAUGACGGAUUAUGUCAUUGUUACUGGUGAACAAGAGGAACUACCAUCACGGUCGUCUUCGUGGAUGAGCCAACAAGGAAGUGAUGAGAUUAUUCUUAACAACUUGGAAGAUAAUGUCGUCAAUGGUAGUGACAUGAAUAUGAUGAUGGAUUAUGUCUUUAUUGAUCAACAAGAUGAAGAACCAUCAUGGAAUAAACAACAACCAAGUGAUCAGAUUAUUAUUAAUAACAUGGAUGAUAGUACUAUUGUUGGUAGCAAUAAUGUCAAUGGAGAUAUAUUUGUACAUUCAUUAUUGAUCACUGAGGAAGAGCAAGAUGAUUUGAUCAGAGAAUACCAACAAACUCAGCACGCAGGAGAAUGA